CAAAAGCAGCACCCCACCUUUGCGCUUCUAACCACAGCCAUUGCAUUAGUGUACCAUCGACGCUACCCGCUUGCUCCCAGCACUGCGUCACGAAGAGGGCGCUGAGAAGAUCGGCCUGCGCAAAAACAAAGUCGACUUACUUCCAAAGCUUCCAAAGCCUCUACCGAAGCACAGGCAUCGUCAGAUCCGGACAAAAACCUGACGCAGUGAAAAAGCGACUGCUCCUACAAGUUCCAACAGCGCAGCCACCCCAAACACAGCAGUAAUCAACGACAAGAUGAGCUCCAGCAUUCCAAAGACCAUGAAGGCAGCUGUCCUCGACGGCGUGGACAAGCCUCUCGUCAUCAAAGAGGUUCCAGUACCAACCGCCAACCCAGGCGAGAUCCUCAUUAAGGUCCACGCGUGUGGUGUCUGCCACUCCGAUCACCAUGUUCUCCACGGCGACAUGGGUCCUCCUGGCAUUGACAUCUUGGGUCAUGAAUUCGUCGGCACUGUUGUAGCAGUACCAGAAGGCGAGAAGAAGUGGCAAGUUGGCGACCGAGUAGGCGGAGCUUGGCACGGUGGACACGAUAGCACUUGCCGAUCGUGCUGCAGGGGAGAAUUUCAGAUGUGCACGAACAAGACCAUCAACGGUGUCAUGCGUAACGGUGGAUACGCUCAGUAUGCCACGCUUCGAACCGAGGCUGCCGUACGCAUUCCCAAGGAAGCAGAACCAGCUGAGGUUGCGCCACUGCUGUGCGCUGGUGUUACGGUCUUUAAUGGUAUCCGCCAAAUGAAGAUCACCGCCGGUGAAGUCGUAGCGGUUCAAGGUCUCGGCGGCCUUGGCCAUCUCGCCAUCCAAUACGCGCGCAAGAUGGGUUUCCGUACUGUCGCCCUCUCCCGUGGCAGCGACAAGAAAGACUUCGCCAUGAAGCUCGGAGCAACAGACUACAUCGACACAAAAGCCGAAGAUGUUGGCGAAGCUCUUCAGAAGCUCGGAGGUGCAGCUCUGAUCGUCGUUACAGCACCAAACCCAGAAGUCAUCACACCUUUGCUGGGAGGACUGCAAAACCGAGGAAAGCUCUUGAUCCAUGUGGCCAUUGGACCAGUGCAAGUCGAUACUGUACAAAUGGUGCUCAAUGCGUUGUCAGUUCAUGGCUGGCCUUCUGGACAUGCACUUGACAGCGAGGAGGCCAUCGCUUUUGCCGAGACUCAUGGUGUGCACUGCAUGAUCGAGAAGUUCCCGAUGGAAAAGGCGAACGAGGCUAUGAAGCACAUGAUGAGCGGAAAGGUGAGGUUCAGGGCUGUGUUGACGAUGGAUUAGGUCGUCUAAAGGCCAAAAUAGCAAUCGACGUGAACCAGAGCUGUUCACGUUCUUGCUUAGUUAUCCCCAUAAAGUCUAGCUUUGUUGUGCUCUCUUCAGUCAUGCCUCAAGGAGCGUGUAGUGAUCAAGAGCCUGAGUCUCGGCCCCAAGCGCUCCUGGGGCGCGCGAGGCUCUUAAAUACUGAAGUGCAUACCGAAUGGGUCAUGCGUCAAUCAUCUGUAACGCCAUGAUUGGAGGCUAUAUUGCUGCGAUAAGUGCAAUGGUGGCCGGCGAGAAGAGAUGCCAUGUUGAGAUUAGCAAUGCUAGGGACUCUCCCCAUAGUGGAUCUAGUUGUUGCCCACUUCUAGUGUGAGCUCAACCUCCAUAGCAAGAUCUGAUGAAUCCUCGCAGUAUUUAUGAUGGGAAGUUUGAGAUUUCGCAAAGCACGAAGGCAUUUCGUAGAGACGAAGGCUCUCCUGUGUCGCUUGCAGUAUCGUUUUGCGUUCAUAGAGGAUUGGUGUCAUCUC